AUGGAUUAUCAAUUAUCCAACUCUUCAUCAGACGAAGAAUUUUGGGAUCUUGCAAAUUCAUCAUCAGACGAAGAAUUGCUCAAUUCACAAAUCAGGGCUCUACAAGAAGAGAAGGGAAGGAGAAGACGUCGAGGCUCUAUUACGGGUCGGCUGUAUAAAGAUAGGGAACGUCUUCAAGGUCACCAAAGACUAUUCAAAGAUUACUUUUCUGAAAAUCCAAUUCAUGGAGAAGAUAUAUUUCGGAGGAGGUUUCGGAUGCAUCGAGCUUUGUUUCUUCGAAUUGUAGAUGGGGUAACAGAUCAUGACUCCUACUUUGUCCAAAAAAGAGAUGGGGCAAGCCGCCUUGGAUUGUCUUCUCUACAAAAGUGUACAGCUGCGAUGAGAAUGCUUGCUUAUGGAGUUGGGGCAGACGUUGUUGAUGACUACAUUAGAAUCGGUGAAAGCACUGCAAUUGAAGCUUUGAGAAGGUUUGUCCAAGCGGUUAUUGAUGUUUUUGGCGCUCAAUACUUGAGAAGACCCACUGCUGAAGAUAUUUGCAUAUUGUUAUCAAUUGGUGAGAGCCGUGGGUUUCGAGGAAUGCUUGGUAGUAUCGAUUGUAUGCAUUGGAAGUGGAAGAAUUGUCCGGUUGCUUGGAAAGGUAUGUUUUCUCGUGGAGAUCAUUGCGAACCUUCUUUAAUUCUUGAAGCUGUUGCAGCAAAGGAUCUUUGGAUAUGGCAUUCAUUUUUUGGUUUACCUGGUUCCCACAAUGAUAUCAAUGUGUUGGAGCAUUCACCUUUAUUCGCCGACCUCCGUGAAGGCCGAGCUCCUCCGGUUAAUUUUAGGGUGAAUGAUCAUGACUAUAAAAUGGGAUAUUAUUUGGCUGAUGGCAUAUAUCCAUCGUGGUCCACUUUUGUCAAAACCAUUCCAUGUCCACAAGGAGAGAAAGCAAAGAAUUUUGCUAAAGCUCAAGAAGGAUGCCGAAAAGAUGUAGAAAGAGCUUUUGGUGUGCUUCAAGCACAUUUUGCAAUUGUAAAGGGACCUGCUCGUUUUUGGGAUCGUGAAACUCUUCAAAAGAUCAUGAAAGCAUGUGUUAUAAUGCAUAAUAUGAUCAUUGAAGAUGAACGUGCCGAACGCAUUGCAGCCAAUGAUCAUGAAAUUCUUGCAAGGCAGUAUGUUGAACCGGAUGAGCAAUUUGAAGAUCUUCUAGUUUCACGUAAUCACACAAUUGACUUUGAAGAAUUUAUUAGCAAUCAUUUGGCUAUUAGGGACCGAGGAACACAUUCUAUGCUCCAAGCUGACCUUGUUGAGCAUCUAUGGCAACUCCAUGUGGCUAGAACCAAUACAUAG